AUGUCAGGCAAUCCCUUCCGCAAGGCCAAAGGCGCCCGCCUCCCCGACCAACAGAGCUACCCGUUUCGGACAGACGACGACAGCAAUGAUUCGCCUCCACCUGCCCCCAGCACACCCACAGAAAAGAAGAAGAAGAAGAAGACUGUCAAGAUCCAAACUCCACCCCACUCCCCAGAAUCACCCCCUCGACGACGCUCUUCUGGCAACAUAUCGCCUCCGCCGCCUGCCAGGACACGUGAAGAUGAUGUUGAAGAAUCGGACUCCACCACCACGGCGGACUCGGAUCUGGAGGAUGCUUUAAGGAAUACCAGGAGGAACUUGGGAAGUCUUGCCCCGCCAACGCAGCUGGGGUUCGGGGGUGGGAAUGAUGUGAGAGAGCAAGGGAGCAAUGGAGGCGGAGGUGCGCCGUACAACCCCUUUGCGCGGACACUGGCGACAAGUGAAGCGGCGUUUGGGCUACAAAGGAACAGGGACGAGGGGCAGCAGCAGGAAGGAGGGGAGAGGCGGGAUGCGGAAAGGAAUGGAGGUGCCUCUGGACGGCCGGCAAUGAAUGUGGACCAGUUCAAGAACAUACUACUAGGCUCCGCUCAACCACCUUCGCCGGCUCCUGCGCCUACACCGUCCUCACAAUCGCAAGCGCCAGCGCCUCGAUUUCAGGACAGCAGUAGCAACACGGACGCCUCAUCCGCUUCCCAGCAGUCGCUGUUCGAUCCGUACCACGAGAUGGACUCCGAGACGCCGAGGACGAGCUUCGAUCAAAUGGACUCGCCUUCCGACUCUUCAGAUGAUGCCGGGGACGAGGAGAACUCUGGCUUGAUGAGUGGGACAACUAGAUUGGAUGACUUUGCGCCCCCUGCGCCACCGAAGCACAAUCAUGGACGACCUUUGACGGCGAAUGCGGCAGAAGCGAGAGGGCCGCAAACAGUGUCUUUUGCGGAUUUCGACGACUCGGUAUCUGGUGGUCCGAAGAGAAGCCAGAACCUGAACGUGCCACCUCUGCAUCGAUCGCCGAGCGAUUUGAACAAGCCGCUGCCUCCGCCACCGCAAGAGCCAAUGAGUCCACGGACUACGGAGGCGCCGCAUCCUGCUUCAGACGACUCUUCUGAGCAGCAGCAGGAACCGGUCUCUACCAGUACAGAAGAUCCGGCGCAGGCGAAGAAAGCUCCACCGCCCCCUCCGCCGUCAUCAAGACGUGGUGGGCAAGCGGCGUCAAGUCAUGCGCGGGCGAGGAGUACAUCGAAUAUUACGGAGAGUUCGUCUCACGACGAUACCACCAGUGCACAACAGCCAGCACCAAAGGAGAGCGAGCCAACUCCAAAAGCAGCAGCCGCGCCUCCACCACCGCCACCUAGCCGCAAAACCAAACUAUCCGCUCAGCCGCCAAACCCCAGCACCGAAGCUCCGUCAGACUCGCCCUCACCCGCGCCUGCUGCUGAAUCUACAAAGAUCAUGCCGCCUCCGCCACCCCGCCGUACAGCCUCUAAAGCUGGCAGUUCUAUGCACCGCUCACCUUCAGCUGCCUCCCACUCCAGCGUUCAACGGAAAGAGAACAGCACUCCCUCGGCCGCUGCUCCUCCGGCACCUCCACCCAGGCGCGGUGUAGGGAGCGCGAAGCGGGAGAGUCUGGAUGCCGAACGGACAGGGAGUGGGCAGAGUGGAGUAGCGUCUCCUAGCAAGGAGAUGGAGCGGGAUGUUCUGGCGGAUAUGACGGCCUUUCAAGCGGAGAUUGAUGCGCUCAGGAAGAAGGCGGAGGGAGCUGGAUGA